GACGAGACGCUCUACGCCAGCUUCGACCCCUACGGGGCCGGCCCCGACGCGGGCGAGGUGGCUGCCGACGCGCCGUGGCCGGAGGAGGAGGAGGAGGAGGAGGACUACGACCCGUUCGCGGAGAGGCCCGCCGAGAGGCCGGCGGAGGUCAUCCUGGCCGACGAGGUGGGCUUCGACGCCCCGUCCACGCCCCUCGCCGCGGCCGCGCCGCUGGAGGCGCCGGCGGGCUGCCCGCGCCGCGCCUCGCCGGCAGGUGCGCCCACGGCAGCGGCGCAGGUCGCCCCGCCGCAGGCGCCGCCGCCGUCGCUGCGCAGACCGCACCUGGGGGCCUCGGCCAAGCGGAUGUUGCAUUCCGCCGUAA